UGUAUGUACAUAGGUAUUUAGGUACAUUAUUCACAUACAUAUGUAUGUGCAUACAUACGUACAUUUGAUUAAAAAGCGAACGCAGUAAUAUUGAGGGCGGAUUGAUGGAUGAAAACAAGUCGACACAGGCGAGGGCAGGGGUAUAUGUAAUAGUAACAGUAAUGGCAAUAAAAACAACACAAACAAAAACAGUGCUUGUGGAGUAAGAAAAAGUUCGCAUGUCAAGCAACAAAAAAACAAACAAAAAUUUCAGAAAAUAGAACAGUAAAUCUAAACGAAAGGGGGGCGUAAAAAAUAACGAGCAGGCGGCAAUACAACUCGUUGGAAAAAUUAACAACAACACCAACAGCGCCAGGACCGGAAUGGAGCUGGCAGCGACGCCAACAGCGCGACUUAGUAAAAUGUAAUGCGAAAAAGAAUUAAAGAACAGCAAAAAAAAGAAACAGCAGAAAAAUUACUGCUUCACUGCGUUCAUACAGUACAUAUAUGUUUGUUAAACAUAAAAAUUGCUUUACUUUGGAGAGCAAUUAAAAUUUAAAAUAAAACCCAUGAUAUGGAAAAUGCUAUGGAAAAGUGAAUCAAAAAUUAAGUAAAUAGUAAGUGCAAAGAAAAUAUAAAUUCUACAACUGUAAAAAAUACAAAUUAAGCUAAUCUAGUGAAAUAAAAAAAUCUUAACCAAAUAUCGGAAUAUUUAUGCGAAGAGUGCACUUCGUCAACGUUGUUUUUUGUUUUACAUACAUAAAUAGUGAUUUAGAUAUAUGCAAGUCUAUUCAAACAGAUAAAGUUGCGUUAUUAUUGGUGUCUAUUACGUGUUAAAUGUUGUAGUUAACUAAUUAUUAAAUACAUAUGCCGAAAUAUUAAACUACCAAUAACAUAAAUAUAUUUACAAAUAAUUAUGUAUGUACAUUACGAAUAAGAUAAACUGCCGAUGUCGAUCACCACAAAAUAAUAAAAUUCUUCAAAAAAUUUGCAAGAAGUAAAAGAAUAACCAUUUACAAAAAAAAUGUUGCUAAAACCUUAUCAUGUGCACAGUGGAAAAGUAUCUAAUAUUGAUAAGAAAAUCCAAUUUCACAGUUGUUAAUAAAAUUUACAAAAACAGUUACAUUAAAUUUUAAAUUUGUGCGGUAAAUCAAAAUAGAGGACGGUGCGAGUCUAAAUGCGCAAAAGCAAGUUUAGCUAAAAUUUUAACAGAUCUUCAAAAAAAAAAGUUAGUAAAAUUGUGAUUUAGUUUCGAGGAGUCUCAUAUUGUUUUUGAACGAUUCUAAUUUGCGCAAUUUUUGAGCCAGCGAAUUCACGAAGUCGAAAUUCCGACGCCAAUGGCUUACGACGCGCCUGCGCGCUCACCUAACCAUAUCACAUAACAGCGGCGGGUAUUGCCGAAUGUCGGAUAAAUGUCGGCGACGUCGAACACCAGCUUGGCACGCACACAGUUUUAGGUUAACACUAGUGACAUUAAGUAGUUAAUGAGCAUAAAAUGGCUACAGUAAUAAUAAGCAAAUAAAAUACAUACUUAUGUACAGAUAAGUUUAAACAAAAGUAAAUAAAAACGAGAAUCAACACAAAAAGCCUUGCAUGGUGCUACCAGUAAAAGCGCUUUGAUGAGCUUUUAGUCUAAUUGAUCAAAAAAUUUUACGUGUUACUUAUAGACUUCAUAUAAAUGUAGUUAAGAAAUAAAUCAACAAUUAAAAAUCGAUAAAUAAAAAAAUAAAAAAUAAAAAAAAUUCUUAAAUUAUGAGUAAAAAAUCGCUUACUCACAAAUUAGAGUAACGUAUUUCUGAGAGCAUUUAUCUGUGAAACAAAAAGGCAUAUUGGAAUGUGUUUUGUUGCUUUAAUGCUCCUUGAGGUAACAGCAACAAAAUCAACUGUUAACAAAAUUAAGCAAAAAACUCUUCGAAAACUAGACAUUCACCGAAAAACAAAACAAGCUCACCCGCCCUACCGGCAACGACGCAGCUUCGACGCACAGCAUUCACUCCGAACCCAAAUCCACAUUGCCUACGUUUGCGCCACUGCGACAGCAAAAACAGCAACGCAAACUAUUAAAUUAACACUUAAAUACUGCGCGUCAUUGCCGUUAUUCCACACCACUUCCCAAUCGCUCUUGAACCCAUCAUUAGGUGCAUCCACAGAGUGUGUGAUUAACCCGCGAACAUCUGUUGUACCCACCUCCGGUUUAUUCAAAGCUAACUCAUAUACACGAAAAUCCCUUCGGACGCGGUCUUUUUCGUCCAGCGCGUCCGUUUGUGCACAUUCCACACAACUGUUGCCCAUUACUUCGAAGCCAGUUACGAAUAACACGAACGUUCAUAGGUUUCUUCCUACUCGAACGUCUAUACUCGCUUUUUAUCGCCGCUGGACAUCGCUCAAUCGCUUAAUUCGCUCUCGACUUCCCGCCGCCUGUGCGCCGCCUGUGCUUAGUAGCCACUCAUUCUGGCCGCCUCACAUAACAGCGAAAGCGAUAACAACAACUCUGUUAGUGGCAGUGGCAGUGAUAAGAAGUCCUUCUCGUUGCAUUGCUGUUGCGUGAUAGUCGACAUAACGCCAGUUUCACAGGCCGGACGUUUGACAUCGGCAACAACGGCCUCGGGAAGGGAUGUAACCGCUGGCGGUGGGGGCAGCGGUGGCGGCGGCGGUGGAGUUCUCGGCGACGGUGUCUCGCAGUUAGCGAGCAGCCUAUUUCGUUUCGGCAGCAGCAAGAAACGCGGCGUUUGCAUUUGCAAUGCCCAGUGCCCUCUGCAGUCCAUGGAGCAGGCACAGCUGGGUCAACUUGACCCGUCAUUGAAAACACAACACGGCUCCUUGGAUCGACUGCUACAGCAGCAGCAGCAGCAGCAACAACAGUUGCAGCAAGCGCCCCAACGUCCCACUGCUUCAGCCGUGCAUUCCAUUGGGGGCGUAAUCGACGGUGGCGGUUCAGGCGCCCUCCUCGGCUCAGCCGAUUCUGAUGGUGAUGGAGAUGAUGAGAAGGAGCCCGAGCUACCACCACGUCCACCCUCCCGCGUAAAAUCGAACGUGCGACAGAUUAAAGAAGAAUUUGAUCGUGGCGUGGAGGUUGAGAAGUUCUAUCAUCAAAUCAAUGGCGAUAUAUUUGAGAUCACACGUAGAGUACGCGCCCGUGAUGAAGAUACCAUCGAGCAGAAAGUAAUCAAACGCAAAGGUUCUGUUCGUUUGCCGCCGGAGCCACCGCCACGACAAUCGUCGGCAGUGCACUCGCAUAUUUACCACGGGCAUGGCCAUGGGCAUGGACAAACGCAUCAUGGACAUCGUCAUACGAUCGAUACAAGCAAGCCCCAACUACCUCCACGUCGUCAGAAGAGUGCUGAAGAGGUGCCCGUCUCAAAGAGUGCUACGCGCGCACCGGAAGAGCUGGAAUGGUUCGAUCGCAAAGCUCAGCAAAGGCAUUCUGCACGUUCAGCUGAAAGCGGGCCAGUUCGUGAUGAUACCAUCGAGUGGCUGGAAAGACAAAGAGGCCCGGUGCGCACCUCCUCCGGUCCUAGUGAAAUCACUGUGAUGAAAGAUGAGGUACCCGAUUGGCUCCUAGAGCAUCUGCCUCGCAAGCGUUCCAUGGUUGAAAGACCACUGCCGCCAGAAUCAAAGACGAGUACUGCUUCCUACGCAAAGGCACUUAAAGAGGAAUUGGCGGAAUUGUUGAAGAAACCUUUAUCUAGGCAAAGUUCUGGUCCACCCGGCGAGUUCUCGAUUCUCAAAACGGAUAUUGUCGAUUGGCUGACAAAGUUGCAAUCGUCAUCGAGAGGCUCGGCCCGUGAGGAAGCGCCACCACCAAAAACACGUCGAUCGCACCAUCGGCGUAAUGGAAGUGGCGACACGCAACGAUCACAUUCGCAAGAAGAUGCCACUGUCGCACAGCAGGCGGCGCGCAAGCGGCACUCGCUGGGACAUAGUGACCGUAGCGAAGAAGAGGUGAUUGAUUGGAUAGCUUAUCCGCUGAACCGGCUGCAAUCACUAGGUAAGCCUCCGCAAGUGCAGCAGGUGCAAACGAUAGACAGGCGUCAGCCAUUCCUCGACUUACAUCUCAAACCCGCACCACCGCCCCAAUCACAGCUCCCGAUAAGCACGGACCGCGAACGGAGAUCCCACGAACGAUCACGAGAACGCAAACUCCGGCACUCCGCUAGCGAAGUUGUCACUGCACCCACCACCUCCGCAGCAGCGCAAAGUCAGUUGGAGCGAUUAUACGCAAAACCGCACAAAGAGCGUUAUCAGUAUGUGCCUAAGGAAGCCAAAGAUAUGAUGUUGCCUCCUAAGGAGACUGCUAUGACCACUGCCACCACCGCCGCGAUCAGCGCAACUGCACGCGAAUCGAAGCGUGAACGCUCGCGCCGCCACCAGACACAACGUUCGGCUACAGUUUCGGACAUGUCCGGCCAUCAUAACGGUGGCCUCAAGCGCAAAUCGUCGUCGGCUGAACGUGCACCGCGUUCCCCAUCGCCUUGCAACGAUCCCGCCUGCCGCUUGCUCCCGAUUUGCACUGACCCGCACUGCCGUUUCCUCGAAUGCCAAACAACAGGACGCAGCGGCGGAACGGCAGUGACCACAUCAGCUUCAACGAUGAACCUCGCACGUCAUCAGCAGGUGGCGAGGGCUCAAAUGCACACAGUGCCUGCACACAUAACUUCAGAUGACACACCAACGCCACCACCACCGCCUCCAACAUCACAACAACAGCAGCUGCAACAGUUCCAAGCACUACCGCAGCGGCGGCUGGUCAUAUGUCAUGAGUGUCGCUCGUGCGCACCAUUGCUUACCUGCCAGAAUCGUAAAUGCUUCAAUGCCGCCAAGUGCAACUCACUGCCCCGCAGCGCAGCGGACUUCAAUCGGCUGCGCACUACCCUAGCUCAGCCACCAACUACGCUCAACGACAUAGAACCGGCGCCUGAGACCCCUUCACCGCAAUUGCGGCAUCCAGCUAUGCAAUAUCGUAGUAACUCGCAACCGAAUACGCUGCAACGUGGCGAUUCGGCUGCAGCCAUUUGGCAACAGGAAAGCAAUGGCGCGGUGGGGAGCAGUACGAUGAUGGCAACAGGUAUUACCCAUGCCAUCAUCUCAAGUUCACAACCACCGCUGCCUCCCUCGUCCCUACACAUCGGUUCCAUGACAAACGGUCGACACUAUUACAACGGUCGUAACGGUACUAGUAUGCCUCAUCUCAACGGCACCAAUGGCAAAUUGAUGAAGUCCGCAUCGGCGGCAUCGCUCAAUUCGCGAAGACGUCGUCAUAAAACGGUCCAUUUCGGUGAGAAUUUGCUACGCGAAGUUUGUCAAAAUCGUAAACUAAUCAAAACUGAACAAGUUCCGUCCGGGUCGGCACCAAUGAAGGCCAACAUACAAAUGCUGUAUAAUUUUGUAGAAGGUGUGUUGAGCGCAUGGGUGGACGACGACGAGGAGCAGGUGCGUUCCGGCGCCGAAUCAGAGCCCGAGCAGGGCACCAUGGCACUUAAACCCAUUUACCGUUGCAAUCGACUGCGUUAUCAGUGCAUAAAGCGUAUCGUAGAGGAAGCGGCGGAACUGCACGGCACAUUGAAGCUGGGAAAUUCGCGUUAUCGUCAUCGACAUUGGCGCAGCACAGCCAAGCAAUGCAACGAAAUGUUUUUGCGAAAGAUAUCUGAUGAUGAUCGAAUGAGCUUAACUACGGCCGUAUCUGAUGAAGAUGAUGGCGAAAGUGUCAUGGCGUCACCAUAUAAAGCAAAGGCAACUGGAACAGCUGCUUCCUCAUUUAAUUGUACUGGCGCUGUACGCAAAGCUGGUUUCUUGUCGGUGAAAAAAUGGCUACUCCGCAAAAAGCAUCAAAUCGAAUUAGCACGCAAACGCGGCUGGAAAGGCUAUUGGGUUUGCCUCAAAGGCACCACACUACUCUUCUAUCCGUGCGAUUCACGUGAGGGACGCAGCGUCGAAGCGGCACCAAAACAUUUAAUUAUUGUUGAUGGUGCGAUUAUGCAACCAAUACCGGAACAUCCCAAACGUGAUUAUAUAUUCUGUUUGAGUACAGCAUUCGGUGAUGCGUAUCUCUUCCAGGCGCCCUGUCAGGUUGAAUUGGAAAACUGGGUUAAUAGCAUUCAUAGCGCCUGUGCUGCAGCAUUUGCAAGGCAUCGCGGCAAAACAGGAACUCUACAUCUCUUGCAGGAAGAGAUAUUCCGUUUGGAGAAAGCCAUUGAAUCGGAUCACAAGUUGAAGCACAUGGCUGAGCUGCAGCAAUCCGUUGUUACCGACCAGGAUACUCGCCACCAAAUACAGACACAAAUCCUGCAAUGGGAGGAGAAUUUGGAACGUUUACAUUGCGAACAGUUCCGCUUGCGUUGCUACAUGGCGUCAUUGCAGAGUGGCGAAUUGCCAAAUCCAAAAUCUUUGCUCACACACGUUUCACGGCCAACUAAGAACACAUUGAACAAAUUGGGCGUCUUCACUGUAUCCUCAUUUCAUGCAUUCAUUUGUGCUCGUUCGCCAUCGUUGCUGAAUAACUUAUUGGCCGGUCGUGGUGCCACUAAACGUCGACCUCCGAUGCUCUCCCGUUCGAAUAGCGGCUCAAGUCGACGAUCCAUGCAGAUGAAUUCACGUGACGAACCGGAAAAAACAUUCAAAGUUGCCAUGCCUGAUAACGCCUAUGCUACAGUUUAUCUACGUGAUGCCAUGUCGGUGGAGGAAUUUCUGGCUAGCGCCUGUGCACGUCGCAAUCUCAAUCCAAUGGAACAUUUCGUACGUGUGAAGAAGCGACGUGACAUGGAGGAUCACAACUACUUUGUGCCACACCGAAAUGAUUUGAUUGAAAAUUACUUGCAUAAUCAUGAAUUCGUUGAGGUUUGCAUGAAGAUACUCUAUCAAGUGGAAUUACAUCGAACUACGCUCGAGCAAAUGUGGGGCUUCUCCGUCGAAGCGGAACUGAUCGAGAACGCCGAACGGCAAGAUGAACUGUGCUGCUAUGUAAGCCGAGUGGAGGAUAAGAGUGUUGCUAUGCAAAAUGGAAUUAUCAAGGGAGACGAAAUAAUGGUGAUCAAUGCUGCUAUUGUAUCCGACUUGGAUAUGAUGUAUUUGGAAAGCGUACUGCAAGAGGAGCAAUCACUAUGCAUGAUGAUGCGCUCAUCACGCACUGAGCCACCGGAUCUAGUUGGCAUUAUGCGCGUCACUGAUGACAUGAUUGAUUCAUUGGUUUGUCCACCACCCCCAUCAGAUCCGCCCGUAAUGAGCGAGGAGAUGAUAUCCGGUUUAAUCGUACCGGCGCCAGGUUGGAAUGGCACCGGUAAAGAUUUAUAUUCACCUGAGGCCGAAAGCUCACCGGCACCAUCAUCCGUUGAGCCGACACCAGCACAAAUGGUCGCAGCCGGCACCAAGCCGACCUCACGUACGAGCAGUUUCGAAAUUGAGAAUCUUCUAAAGACCGCAGAGCAGGUUACCGGAUUUUGUCGUUCACCUCAGGAAACCCGUAAAUCCAGCCCGACCGGCUCUGUCACAUCUUCAGUCUCGAAUGCCGCACUGACACCGUCUCGUCAGCUUACCGAUGCCGAGAAACUGCGCAAGGUUAUCUUGGAAUUGGUCGAUACAGAACGCACUUACGUUAAGCAUUUGAACAAUCUACUGGAGCAUUACUUGGAGCCAAUGAAACGAGAGACAUUCCUAUCGAAUGCUGAAAUAAAUGCACUCUUUGGUAACAUUCACGAAAUUGUCACAUUCCAAAGACAAUUUUUGCAAAAUCUCGAAGAAGCACUUGAAUUGGAGCCAGACUUUCAUAAAUUCGAGCAUUCUGGUCAGUUCCGGAACGUUCUCUUUGCUAUCGGUUCGGCAUUCUUGUACUACGUCAACCAUUUCAAACUGUACUCAUCAUUUUGCGCCAGCCAUAGUAAGGCCCAGAAAGUUUUGCAUCCCAAUGAAGGUAAUCACGCACUACAGGAGUUCCUUGCCGCACGUAAUCCGAAGCAGCAACAUAGCAGCACUCUGGAAUCGUACUUAAUCAAACCAAUACAGCGCAUUCUCAAAUAUCCUUUGCUUUUGCAACAGUUGCGGAAUUUAACCGAUUCACGAGCCGAUGAACACCUACACUUGUGCGAGGCCCUCAAGGGCAUGGAAAAAGUGGCCGAGCAUAUCAAUGAAAUGCAACGAAUUCACGAGGAAUAUGGUGCUAUAUUCGAUCAUUUGUUCCGACAACAUCAGAAGUCAUGCAAGCAACCCAUUGAUUUGAGUCCAGGUGAUCUACUCUAUUAUGGCGGCGUUGAGUGGCUGAAUAUUUCUGAUUUCCUUGGCAAAAUCAAGAAGGGUUUGGAGUUGCACGCUAUGUGCUUUGUUUUUAAAUCAGCGGUUGUGUUCCUUUGCAAAGAACGUUUGCGUCAAAAGAAGAAACUUAUGGGUGUCUCGAGUAAAAAUGCCCCCAAUGAAGUGGAAAUCAUACGCUACCAAGUGCUCAUACCAGUCACCGAGGUGCAAGUGCGCGCCUCUUCAGCAAAAGACAUGGACUCACAUUUCUUAUGGGAAUUGAUACACUUACGCUCGCAAUUGCAGCGCCGUUCCGAAAAGGUUUACGUGCUCUCGAACAGCACGGCAGACUUCCGUAACGCAUUCCUCAAAACCAUACGUCAGAUCAUACGCGAAAGUGUACGCAACAUGUCAAUUCCGAUGAAAGGAUUUGGUAGUUCCGGCUCAGUUUCGGGAAUUUCAUCGCAAGGUGGCGGUUCGGGUAGUUCCCAGACGCUGGAACGGCCAAAACAACAGAUAACAAUCAUUCAAGGCUCACAGACAUUAGGUAAACCCAAAAAGAAAUCCGGUUCGCAACGUCAUUCUGCCGGCAACAUCGACUAUGAUAAUCUCUCGGGUAGCCAAGAGGCUGACGAUGUGCCAAUGUUGCAUCAUCAGCAUCAGCAGCAGCUACAACCAACUGGUUUCCGAGGACGCAGUAAGACCGUGGGCGAUGCUAUAGACCCACAGCAGCAGCAUCAAAAGCAUAUGCAACAUCAUCAACAACAAAUGCAUCAUCAUCAACAAAUGCACCAGAGCGAUAUUGAGCGCAUGGAUCCGGGUACCAAAUCUGAAGGAGAAGAAGACUCCCAGCAGGGCACAAUCAAAGCGAAAGCUACGCUGGGUCGUACACCCAACCACUUGACUCUAAGCACCACAUCAACCCUAUCGGUCGGCAGCACUGGUAGUCAAGCGCGUUUGAUACAAUCAUCCCAUCCGCCAUCGAGCUAUCAGCCAGUUCUCAUGAAAGAUUUAGGUAAGACUUACUCAAUAACAAACGAACUAUCGUCUUCCCCUCAAGCAGAGUACAUGGAAGCCACUGCGUCAGCGACAGUGAGCUCUUUGUCCGCAGCUAUGGAGGCCACGGGUCAAAUGAUGUUUAUGAUCGAAGAGAUGGGCAUAGAAAUCGGCGAGAUGGACGUGGAGGAGGAGGAGGAGCGUGGAGAAGAGAUGGAUUAUGUACUCGAGUCGGAUUUGCAGGCUGCAUCCGUAGCAGCAGCUUUUAAUUUAAGUUUAGGUAGUAGUGGUAGUAGAGCAAUAACAAUUAGGGGUGGUGAUAUGGCUAACACAGGUAGUCGUAACGGUAAUAAUUUACAUCGUGUCCCUACUCCUAAGCGUUUGUCGCCUAGACAAUCGCCCAAAGCAGAUAUUGAAGUAAUAGAAAUUUUCGCUAACGAGCUAAGUCAGUUGACCGCCGCUGAGCAAGUAUCGGUUGUGCAUCAUUCGGGAAAAGAGUCUUCCAAAAAGUCAAGCAUGCGCCAGGCAAGUGUCAGUAGUGGUAGCAGUAGCAACGGUGCUACGGCUUCCGCCAGCGAUGUAAUAACUCAUGUAGUCGACAAACACUUAAGUGAUCUGGAACACGAACAGCUCACUGACACCACAUACGAUAUCGCCGCUUACAUGGCCAACCUUAAAGAGCAAGCACUCGAAUCACAAGAUCUGCAAAUGGACACACAGGAUCAGCAACAGAAUGACUCAAGUCUUUCGCCGGAGCCGCAGACAGUUGUAGAAAAUACCCAGCAAACGGUAGUGGCUGAAAUCGAAUCUCCCCCUCGGCCUGCCACAGAAUCUGACAGCACCGGAACAACGACAGGAACUUCCGAAAAGUCGGAGGAUGAAUCGGAAGAUGCUAUGUCAACGGGUGCGCACCAUGUCAUCAUUGACAAGAAAGUAGAUAAAGUGUUCAAGUCCAAGCCCUCGGAGAAGGCACAAAAAUCGAGUAGUGGUAGCAGUAGCAGCAUUGCUAGUACUGGCACCAAAUCGAAAACGACGAAGUCGCCACGUCAGAGUAUCCACAUUUCACCCGACCGCUCCAAGUCGCAAGGUAGCUCGCCCGUACGCAUAAUAAAGAUAAAAUCACCUCGUUCUAGUGUCAGUGAGCAGGGUAAGCGAUUAAGUGCUAGUUCCAGCCGAGACUCCUCAGCCGAUCGCCUUUCCAGCGGACGGCGCACUCCCAGCCCUCGUCGCAGCUCGGAAGGUAGUGGAAUACUAAAGCGACCCACCAGCCCAGCUGCUGGCAUACUGAAGCCUCCGCCAAGCCCCAGCAAGUCGAAGAGUCCCGACCGAAGCUGCCUGAAGAAACUCGCUCCCGCGCACGACUGCAGCGUCGAGUCACUUUCCCCACAUAUUUCGCCACGCGAUAGUAUUGAACACCUAUCGCCCGAUCGUGCCAGCACGAGUCUCUGCCAGCGGCAUUCGCCACGUAGCAGCUUCGACAGCCGCAGCUCUGAGCCAACUCUUGAUAUACCACGCUCGUCGCUAAAAUCACCACGCGGAAGUUUCGAAUCGCGUUCUCCUGACCGCUGCAGUCGCAAGCGCAGUCAAUCCGCGCAUGGCAGCUUUGAAACCGGACAACGCGCUGCAGCGCUUGCUGCCUCCGAAGCCUACUACCAGUAUUACCCGAUAUAUGAUAAUCAGACCUGUAGUGAUCAUUAUAUUUCAGCAGCUACAACCGGUAUGCAACGAGAUGCCGGCACUUCCACGACAAGUACGCGUCGCUUAAGCAAAUCCUUGGAGCGUUCAACAUCGCGUGAAAGCACUACAAGCAGCUCGUAUCGUUACGGCGUUUCACCCGAACGCAUUUACACAAUCAACACAAUGGGUACUGGUCCCUUGCGUUCGCAGUCGGCUGAAAACGCAUUUGAACGUUACGCCUACGAUCCGCACACGGGGCAACAUUAUCAAAUGCCAGCGCAAGAAUCGGCCACUGCCGCUCCACCUGCCGCCUUCAUGUACAGCCACGAACCACAGUGUCCACACGAGCGUAUCGCCGCAUACCAGCUCAGCUCGUCUGCGCCCGAAUACACGACAUGUAUUGACUGUCUGUACCAGAAGAGACCCUCCUAGCAUAAGGCCCGCGUGCGGCAGAGUCGUACGCGGAAGAAGACACCACGUGGCGUAGUUCAACCACCGACGGCAACGGCUUCGGGUAUGAUUUGUGCGGCCAGCUUUGAUCCGGAGGCAGCCGUUGCGGCGGGUGCUAGCGAGGCAAGCGGUUGUGUGGAUUGUCACGACUACUACGAGAUACACGUUUAAAUGGAAAUUAAAUAACUGAAAUGAAAUACAUAUAUAUUUAAAAAAAAGUAUCUAAACCUAAAAGAAAAUCUUACUUGUGCAGUCCUUACAUACGUACAUUACCAUCAGAACCAUCAGAAAUGAACUUGUUGCCAUCCAAAGGUCCUCAACUAAUAAGUUUACAUACAUAUGUACAUAUUUAUGUGCAUAUGCGUAAACGUAUGUAUUUAUCUUUGUUGUUUGUCACAGGGAUUUUUGAAAAACUAAGCUAUGUAUAAGUAUCGCCUAUAUAUGUAUAUGUACAUGUUUGUAUACCAAGAAUAGGUUCUUCAAGUGUUCAGAAUAAGGAUUAGUACUUACUACAAGUACGUGUAAAGUGAUGGCCUCAAUACUUCUUGUUUCCUUUGAAUUAUUACACCGUACGACAAAAUCAAAAAAAUUUCAAAACACACAAAGCAAUCAAUAUGCUCACGAAACAAUGGGCUAAAUAUAGUAAAGCUGCGUUUUUAUUUUUCACGUUGA